GUGCAGAAAAGCUAAGAGAGAGAGAGAGAGAGAGAGAGAGAGAGAAAGGGAACAUUCACUCUAACCUCUGGAGUUUUGCAGAAACCUGCUUUGGAUACCAAGGAGUUGUUUGUAAGAACAGCCAGUUAACUAGUUGGAUUAUAAAUGGGAGAGUCCCGAAGGAAGUAAGAUGAAAGUGGUGUUUAGCUUUAAACUAAGGCAUGAGGAUCUUUGGACGAUGACACUUCUAAUGGGAACCUUAGGUAUGCUUCUUUGUACCAUCAUGACAAAGACAGAGUAGGGGAGGGGCUCAUCAAAAUUCUUUGCUGAUGAGACUGGAAAGGCUAAAGAGACAUGGCUUCCUCAGAUGCAUCAGGCCUUCCUUCCAAAGAUUACGCUCUGGACUUUGUGACCUAUGCUGAGCUGCACUUCCCUGGUGGCAACAGAGAUGUAGUACGUGGGAAUGAGAGCACAAUCUACGCUUCUUCAAUCUACAAGAACAAGCUAGUAGUACAAGGCAUGCUGCCAAGCAGAGAAGCAAACCCAAUUCAUGAAGAGAAUGAGUUGGAAACAGAUGGUGGACAAGCAUUUAUCUCUCAAAAUGAUGAACUGGAGAAUGUAUAUGCAACAACAAUAAGCAAUGGCACUAUAGAACAAAACAAUGGUGUUAAGCAGAUUAUAAAUCCUUUACUGGAAAAACCUACGUCAACAGUAACUGACCAAUCUAAUACUGAUGAAAUCCAGAAACCUGCAGAGCAGGCCCAUAGUACAGCACUUCGUAUGUUACAGGGAAACAGUUUAUGGAUCACUGAUGUAGCAUCCUGUACAGAACAGGCAGACCACCUGAAGACCAAAGGUACCCCUCACUCUACUGAGCAGGUAGAGUGCUUACAGACUAUAGCACCACCUGUAGGACAGGCAGAUUGCUUACAGACUGUUGUACCCUCUGCAGGACUGGUGGGUGUAGUACAUUCCACAGAACAUGAGGACAGCUCUUUAUGCCUGAAUCAAACCACGUCAGCGGUGUCUUCAAAUACAGAUGUGACAUCAACAGUGGAGAAUGAUGGGAUACUGACAAUAGGAGACAUCAGUGAACAUAAGAAACUGGAAGAAGAUGGACUGAUAAUGAAAGAGAACUGUAUUUAUGCAGCAGAAUGCCCUUCCUCAAGCUCAGCAGAGGCUGAUCCAAGUGGAACUGAGGAUGUGAUAUAUGAUGAUGUUCCAUGUGAAACCUUGAAAUCUGAGGAUCCACAGGACUCUGCAUCAGACCUUAUUUAUGAGACUGUUAAUCAGGAAGGAGAGGACGAAGAGCAGCUUAAUGCAGCCUGGAGCUCCAGUGAGUUUGAGAGCUACAGUGAUCAGUCCGAGGGGGACAGCAAGCAUGAUGCUGAUGUGUUCAAGCCCAAGUCAGUAUUUCAGCCAAAGUCUCCUGAUCUGAGGAGGCUAAAAGAGAGGUACGCCAGGACUAAGAGAGAUAUCCUGGCAAUGAGGGACAGGGCUAAGGAAAUGCAAGAGCUGAAGCAGAUGUACGAUUACAAGGUGCAGCAGCUGAUGAAAGCAGCUAAAAGUGGAACAAAGGAUGGCUUGGAAAAGACAAGAAUAGCAGUCAUGCGUAAAGUGUCCUUUCUGCAGAGGAAAGAAACUCAAGACUUGGAAGAAGAUGACACUGGAUAUCUUGAUGUUACAGUUUCAGACACCAAACACCCACCUCCUGAACUUUCUCCUAUGCCAGAAGGACUUUCAGCUCAGCAGAUUUUGAGGCGGCAUAUUUUGAGUUCCAUUGUGCAGAGUGAGAGGAGCUAUGUUGAAUCCCUGAAACGGAUUUUGCACGAGUACAGAAAACCGUUACUAGAAAUGGAGCCCAAGGUGCUAAGUGAGAGAAAGUCCCAGAUCAUAUUCUUCAGAGUGAAAGAGAUCCUACAAUGCCACUCCAUGUUUCAGAUUGCCCUAGCAUCAAGGACAUCUGAGUGGGACACAACAGAACAAAUUGGAGAUCUUUUUGUUGCCUCAUUCUCCAAGUCCAUGGUACUGGAUGUAUAUAGUGACUAUGUGAAUAACUUCACAAAUGCAAUGCAUCUUAUCAAGAAAGCCUGCUUAAGUAAAACUGCAUUUCUGGAUUUUCUCAAGAAAAGACAAGCAGCCAGUCCAGAUCGAAUCACACUAUAUGGACUCAUGGUAAAGCCUAUUCAACGGUUUCCACAGUUCAUUCUUCUACUGCAGGAUAUGUUAAAAAACACUCCAACUGGUCAUGCCGACAGGCUAUCCCUUCAGCUGGCGCUUACAGAGCUUGAAACAUUGGCCGAACGACUAAAUGAGCAGAAAAGAGUUGCAGAUCAGAUAACAGAAAUGGAGCAGCUGACAAAGAGCAUUAGUGACCGUACUUUAUUUAAGCUGCUGAGUUCCGGCCAGCGGCAGCUGAUCUUGUGUGAGACCCUCAUCGAGACAGUAUAUGGAGACAAAGGGCAGAUCAUUAAAUCAAAAGAACGUAAGGUGUUCCUGCUCAGCGAUAUGGUCAUCUGUGCCAACAUUAACAUCAAGGGUCAGCCUGAUAUAAGCAGUUUGGUUCCCCUGGGCCCAAGAUACAUAGUGAAGUGGAGUUUACCCCUAUCACAAACUCAGGUGGUUGAAGUUGGACAAGAAGGCAAUGGCUAUGAUAAGGAAACUCUACUUAUUCAGCACCACAGCUCAAAAAAAGUAAUGGCAUCUAAUCAAGUACCAAGUAAGGUUGCCUUGGGUCCACCCCAUCUUUACCAGGAACUUCAAGACUUGAAGUUUGACCUGUCUGUUAUAGAAAAGAUCUCAUCACUCAUAGGCACACUGAAUGGCACUUACCAGAACCUGAAUCCAACAGUUGCACAAGACUGGUGUCUAGCUCUGCAAAGACUGAUAAGGCUGAAAGAAGAUGAGAUCCAGGCUGCUAAUAAGUGUCGCCUCCGUCUGCUUCUUCCAGGCAAACCAGACAAGUCAGGGAGACCAGUGAGUUUCAUGGUAGUCUUCAACACUCCAAGUCCCACCAGUAAGAUUUCCUGGGUUAAUCGACUGCACUUAGCCAAAAUUGCACUAAGAGAAGAAAAUCAGCCAGGUUGGUUCUGUCCUGAAGAAGCUCAUGGAAAAACAAGAGCUCCAUUCUCCUGUCCACUUCUUGCUUGCCGCGUACCAGUUUUUUCCUCAAAGUCACAAUCUCUGAAGCUGGAGACAGCCUUGCACAACCCUGUUCAAUCUUCAUUGCUGGGGUUCUUCGCAGCCAGUACCUCCUUGCCUCAAGGUUAUUUGUGGGUUGGCAGUGGAACUGAAAAUGGACCAGGUCAAGUGGAUAUUUUUUCCUUAAACAGAACAACUCCUCGAAUCAUCAAGACUUUGCAAGUCAGUUCCCGGGUACUUUGCAUGGAGUAUAUUUCAGAAACCAUCAAAGGCUUUGGUGAAGAUUGUGACCAAAGUCCACUUGGUCCUGCCAUCUGCUUAGGGCUGCAGGAUGGAAGCAUUAUCAUUUAUGGGAGUGUCGGCACAGCGACUCAGUGCUUGUUUAUGUUCGUAAGUCCAGAAAGGCAGCCAGUGCUAUGCUUGAAGUACACUCCAAGCUACUUCUUUGCUGGGUAUCAAGAUGGAACCGUAGCAAUAUACAUGAGGAAAAAGGAGGGAUGGUGGGAUGAGAAGUUCCCUCGAUGUUUGAAGAUAGGUUCUGGAGCAGUCCGUAUCCUGUUGGUUCUGGAUGAGACUAUUUGGGCAAGCUGCCAGAACAAUGUCACCAUCAUCAGUGCUACCUCGAUUGCUACUCAGUUGUGUUUUGCUGAUGCAGCUAAUAAGGAUAUUGUGAACCUAUCUCCAAAUGUUCUACUCUGUGACACCAGAAGCAUCCUGUUUUCUGACAGGGCUUAUCACAAAACCAAACAAACCAGCAUCAAACAGACAAAGGGUUUUGAAGCCCACAGUGAUAAAAAAGUGAGCGUGACCCACAUGGUGAGAGCAGGUGGUGGAGUUUGGAUGGCAUUUACAGUGGAUUCUUCAAUCCGACUUUUUCAUACAGAGACACUGGAACUUCUACAGGAGAUCAACGUUUUCCCUCGUACCUGUAUGAUCACACCAGGUCUCAAAAGUGUACGGAUAACAUGCCUCCUGAUUUGCCAAGGACUUCUUUGGGUUGGCACAGACCAAGGCAUCAUUGUUACAUUCCCAGUGCCAAAACUGGAAGGAAUCCCCAAAAUUACAGGAAAGGGUAUGACUUCCUUAAAUGCACACUGUGGACCAGUGGAAUUUCUAGUGCCUGCAGUAGGUUCUGUGGCACCAGAACUUUUAAAGAGUGACACAGAGGAGGACUUUGGGAUGAUCCGGAAUGGUGUGGAGAGGACUGUCUCCACCUCCCAAGAGUCUUUGUAUGAGAACCACAUCCAGAAGGAUUCAAAAAACAAGAGCAUCUUGUUAAGAUACAAGUUGAGUUCUACCUCACAUUUGCCAGGACAGCGACUCUCAGUGAAAACUGAAUCACAAGAAGAUGAGCAUCCAUUAGAACACAGCACAGAGGAUGGCUCCAUAUAUGAAAUGGCAGAUGAUCCAGACAUAUGGGUCAGAAACAGACAGACAUCACAGGACUUCCACAAAAAAGAACGUAUUACAUCCACUGCCAUCAUUUCUGGAGGGCGCGGAUAUCGCAGCUUUGAUGGAACUCUCCAGCAAACUGCUAGUAAUGACUCAGAAAGUGUACUGCUGGUCUGGCAGAUCCCAUUGACUGUAUAGCAGUUUUGUUUUCCAGCUAACACUACUUCAGCUGAGAAAAGCUAUUUCACAUGGUCAGCAAGUGUCAUUGCACUUAAACUAAUUGAAAAUAAGGAGACUCUUACUGUGAACUUUGUUUUCAUCUCAAACUGAGGUGGCAGUUCAAUGUAUAUAGCUAUACAUACUGUACAUUAUGUAUGUUGUACAUUGUGGAAUCCAUAGUGUGUAUCAUUUCUGAUCAGGUACUUGAAAAUGCUGCAAUAAAAUGAGCAGAGAAAUGACGGAUA